CUCACAACCGCCGUUUUAUUGCGCCAGCGCAGCAGCUGCACUACAUUCCCCAGGGAGCAUUACGCGCAGGACCCGGAUUAAGCUUGUUCCGGGGACGUUGAGUCUGAAGCUUGACCUUCGUGCCAUAUGAAUAAUGCAGACUAUAAAAUGCGUGGUUGUGGGAGAUGGUGCAGUUGGGAAGACCUGCCUUCUCAUUAGUUACACAACAAACGCUUUUCCUGGAGAAUAUGUCCCCACUGUAUUUGACAACUACAGUGCACAGAUGACUGUGGAUGGACGAACUGUGAGCCUCAACCUUUGGGAUACUGCAGGGCAGGAAGAGUAUGACCGUCUCCGUACUCUAUCAUAUCCACAGAGUAAUGUCUUCAUUAUCUGUUUUUCUGUUGCUAGCCCUUCCUCCUAUGCCAAUGUCCGUCAUAAAUGGCAACCAGAGGUUUUGCACCACUGUCCAAAUGUUCCCAUACUUUUGGUUGGUACGAAGAAGGAUUUAAGGAAUGAUUCUGAAACCAUAAAAAAGCUCAAGGAGCAAAGCCUUUCCCCAACAACGAUGCAUCAGGGCGUCACCUUAGCCAAACAAAUCAGAGCAGUUAAGUACCUGGAAUGUUCAGCACUCAAUCAGGACGGGAUCCGAGAAGUGUUUGUGGAGGCCGUGAGAGCAGUCCUCUACCCUCAUAGGAAGAAGAAAAGCAAAAAUUGUGUACUGUUGUAGCUUGAGGAUGUGAACACCUCGGUUGCACAUAGAUUGGAAGCAUACUUUGAAGCCGUGGGUCAGCUGUGCUUCAGAUUGCAUUGUGGUGUAACGCAAGGUUCUUGCACAAAAUAAGUUUGUAUGACUGAAACUGGAAACUGUCAAAAUGCUGCUUUAUUUGCUGGGUGUUUUUACAGAAAUGCAGACCCUCAAUGAGAUUUAAUCUGAGUAAUGGCACUGGACUCUAGCUAGCAAUCCCUGAGCUGGACUGAAAGUUUGCCUUUUAGGAGCCACGUUAAGGAUCCCCUUUUCUUUAAGAAUCUUCUGUAUGCUUUAUUCACUAUUGCUAUUGGUGAUUUUUGGGGACCGUGAUUUGGCUGCUUUGCUAUUAACGAUCAUUUACAUGUUCUGAUCAGUGUUGUGUUAAACGAAAGGCCACUGCUUUUUUUUCCAAUCCUCAGGUUUCAGGUUGUUCAUAUUUGCUUUCACAGAUGUUUAAUUGUUGGUAACAGAAAGCAGUGCAGAUUUGACACAUUAGCUCUAUGAGAGCAUAAAUUGGUACAGCCAUUGAUUUCUAUGUAAAACCCUGAACUGAUAUCUGUUAGAGUUUAAUCCAUAAUAAAUAGUGAAACACAAGUCUUACUCGUGCCAUAGGUAUUGGGACUAUUUUUGGCAAAAUAGAUAUUUUGCACUAUUGACAACCUAAAAGUAGCAGUAUUCAUUUUAAAAUUACUUAUCAAAUUUAAAAUGGGCUAAGCAGAGAUCACUGAGAGAUGGCUCUUUUGCAGCAUAUUUAUGAAAGUGUUUUCUUUUUAAUUUGGUGAAGCUGGCCUGUCAAUAGCCCCAAAUAAAUUGGCACAUAGAGUAGCUAUGGUAAAGUUCAUUGGGUUUUAUUGCAAUCCUGGUUUUUAUAAGUCAGAUAUUUUGUUCACAUGGUGACAAAUUUUUAGAGUACAGCUCCAAUCACUAAAAAAUAGAUUGCACAUGUUUGUACAGACUCUGUUAGCAAAAUUUUUCAUCACUGUUGUAAACCAGUCAUAACUUUUAGAUUGCACAACUGCAAGCUCUGCCAAGGUACGAAUUCAGGAGUCAAUUGGGAUAAGUGUGUUAGGUUUAGACUCACUUGCAGGUUAGAAGUAAAUUGCAAAUGGUACUGACAUAGGAUAAAGGGGAAAAAUUUUAAGAAAAACUGACAUUUGCUAAUGUAUAGUGGCUUGCUUGUUUGGAUUGUUAUGGCUCAAGGUCUGAAUUGUUUGCAUCAUAAUCACAUGUUUAUAUCUAAAGUCUGUUCAGUAAAGGUAGCAUUUUCAUAGAGUAGGGACAGAUCUGUGCACAACCCUAUCAAAUGUUCUUUGACAGGACAAUUUGAGAUAUAACCAGAUGCCACUGUUUAUUUUGCUGAGGCCCCUAACAUUCAUUGUUGGGCUCUUCCUAACUAUAUUUUGUACCAGACCAUCCAAUCUCAGUUCAAACAUGAAUAAAGCUAUGUAUACACAGGCUUUACUGUAAAACCUUCCCAAGAACAGAGCCAUCAAAUCUCUAACAUCUUGAUCCAGUAGUUUUUUUUGAGACAGUGAUGCUCAGUCCUCUGCCUUGGUGUUGAUAUCAGAUUGUGACUCUCAUUGAAUUUUUUGAAAGAAACCUUUCCUGUGUUGAAGCGUUGUCUCUGAUCAGUUCAAUUUGUUCUUUGGAAAAACAACUGAGCUGUUGAUAGAAAGGAAGAGAUAGCCAGGCGUGAGCGAACUUGGGUUGGUUACAAACAGUUGUUUGGCUCUCAGAACAAGUUAGCUGCCUGAUUUUGGCGGGAUACAUGUAUGGUAAAGGAAAUAAUACAUUCGAGGGGGAAAAAAGGUAUUGUGUACAAUGGCACAUAGCGUUUAACCAAUAUCAAACCUUAGGGUUGUUUGUUCCUCCUAAUGAAUUUAAAACUCUAAACUUUUUAAUGCCGAAGGUUAUCUUUGAAGCUAUUUCUCUUACAUAAAACCAAAACACUCUCAUCCCUACACAAAUUAAUUUCUGUUAAUAGUACCCCUUUGUACUUCAGUAAGGCCCUAGUUCUGUGCACCGCAAUAUCUUACAUUUGGGAUCCAAGGUGUCCCCCUCAAUUAUUGGAAUUGGUACAGUGGUAGCUGUGAAGUUUGUAUGGAGCAAAAUGCUACAGGUUUUUACAAGUAAAACUGAGGACUCUGAAGCAUCUUGUGUUUUGUCUUGUCAUUAUCAAGCUUUUCACUGUGUUGUAAUCGUGGUGGGCAAUGCUAAAACUAUGCACUAGAAACCUGAAUUGUGUUUUUAGAAUAAACAAUUGUUAAAUUAGGGCUGCAAUGUUUUGAAAUAAUUCAUAAAAUUGUACUGCUGAAAUAAAAUUAAGUCUCACUUGUUUACAA